AUUUGGCAACUCGUAGCGGGAGGACGAUGACACUUGUUUUAUGUCGAAGCUAUCUUCUAUCUCUCAAUUUUGAUAGAUGUUCAUAAGCACCUAGUCUCAAAUAGAGAUUAGGGAACUGGGUGAAGAACCUUUAGUGAUAUUUUCUGACAGAUGAGGAGGAGAAUUAUCUACUCCCAUAAAUAUAGCAAUUAAUAACAACAGAGAAUUCAAUAAAGAAGCUUGAAUUGAUGAUGGUGGCAUCUGAAGACAUCCUUUAUACCAUCCUUCGCUAUCGAGCAAGUUACUUUGCUAUCUAGACACAUAAAUAGACAGUUACUCUCUUUCUUUCAAGAACAGCUUCCUCUAAUUUGCUUCUUCACUUCACUAAAAUUGGAUGUUACUUGUAUUCUUUUGGUUGGAGGAUGCAUAUCAAAACAGUCUUUUUAGGUUGAAAUCUUUUCUAUUGAUUGUCAAAAAAAAAAAUUAAAAAGGUGAGGGCUUAUCCAUUUGAUUGAUAUUAUCUGAAAUACGAUACCAGCAUGGCAUCAACUCCAGGUCCGCUUUCAAAAUGGCCAUGGGCAAACAUGGGCAACUUUAAGUACUUGACCCUAUCCCCUCUGGUGAUGAAAGCCGUGCAUACAAAUUUCUUUGGAGGGCGAGAGACAGAUAACUUUAGUUUGUUGCUGCUCAUUCUUGUUGCCACCAGAUAUCUUCACAACCAGCUAUGGAUAAGCAUUUCUCGUUAUCAGAAUGCUCGGGGCACACAUCAAAUUCAGAAUAGAAGCAUUAAGUUCGAGCAGGUAGAUCGAGAGGGAAGCUGGGAUGACUAUAUUCUCAUGUACGCCUUCAUGUUUAUCCCACUGCAUGCCUUCAUACCAGGGGCAUCAAAUCUUCCUCUGUGGAACACAAAAGGGUUGUUUGUAAUAAUUUUGGCUCAUGCUGGGCUAUCAGAAUUCUUCUAUUACUGGGCACACAGAGCUCUCCAUCAUCACUACCUAUAUAACCUCUAUCAUUCGCAUCAUCACUCCUCUUUUGUCACAGAGCCGAUUACAUCUGUAGUGCAUCCGUUCGCAGAGCAUUUAAUCUACGCAGCAGUGUUCUCUGCAGGUCCAUUAGCCACUGUUGUGACCAAAACCGCUUCUACUGCUGUCAUAUUCUGCUAUUUAAUAUGGUUCGAUUUCAUGAACAAUAUGGGUCACUGCAACUUUGAAUUUGUUCCCCAGUGGGCAUUUAAGAUCUGCCCUCCUCUCAAAUAUCUUAUGUACACACCCUCGUUUCAUUCUCUUCACCAUUCACAGGUCCACACCAACUUCAGUCUGUUCAUGCCUCUGUAUGAUUAUCUAUAUGGAACAGCCGACAAAUCAUCUGAUGGUCUCUACGACUCUGCCUGCAGAGGGAGGAAAGAAAAGGUGGAUGUGGUGCACCUGACUCAUGCAACAAGCCUACUCUCCUUUUUCCAUCUGAGAUUAGGGUUCGCCUCUUUUGCUGCAGCACCGUACUCUGUUAAAUGGUACAUGUGGGUCAUAUGGCCGAUUAGCAACGGCAUCAUGAUUUUUCUCUGGCUUUGUGGACAAACUUUCAGGGCCGAGAAAAAUCGGUUAAAUGGGCUACACAUUGAAACUUGGGUCGUUCCCCGGUACACAUUCCAGUAUUUUAUGCCUUCCGAGAGAGCAGGGAUCAACAAACUCAUCCAAGAUUCCAUUUUGGAGGCGGACAAGAAAGAAGCCAAGGUUAUCAGCUUAGGCCUGCUCAACCAGAGCGAGGAUCUUAAUGGAAGCGGAGAGCUGUUUCUCAGAAAGCAACAAGACCUAAAAGUCCGUAUAGUGGAUGGGAACACUCUGGUAGCUGCUGUGAUAUUGAAUUCUAUACCGCACAGUGCAACCUCAGUGUUCAUGUGUGGAGGAGCGUCCAAGCUUGGAUGUGCCAUUGUUCGCCUUCUCUCUGAACGCGGGAUCAAAGUUCAGCUUCUGACAGAGUCAAAAGAACAAUUAUAUAAAUUCAAAAUGGCCAUUCCUUCUUACUUACAAGAUAAUGUGAUCCAUGCAAGAAGAUAUCAAGCAGGUAACAACUGCAAGAUAUGGAUAGUAGGGAGGCAGGUGAGUUGGAAAGAUCAAAUGCAAGCACCCAAGGGAGCGCACUUUGUUCCAUUCUCGCCCUUUCCAAUAAAAGAGGGUAGAAAAGACUGCACUUACCAUACUACACCUGCCAUGCGAAUGCCACCGAAUUUGGAAAAUGUGCAUAGCUGUGAGAAUUGGCUGCCAAGAAGAGUAAUGAGCGCAUGGAGGGCAGGAGGAAUAGUGCAUGCCUUACAAGGGUGGGAUCACCAUGAGUGUGGACAAACUAUCAAUACAGCAGAUGUCAGUGAAGUGUGGGAAGCUGCACUCAAACAUGGCUUUCUUCCUUUCAGUCCUUCGCUUGGCGAAUGCAUGGAUUGAUUCAUCUUUCCAGUUUAAGAUACCACAAGUGUUUUGACCUCUAAACAUUCUGGCUUGACAUAUUGAACCAGCCUUCUGAUUUCUUUCUGUUUUUCAUUGUUCUUAGUUUAAACAGAGUUUACUAUAGCGAUAGACAGAACUUAAACACUUUUUAUUAGGGGUGCCUGCCCUAUAUACUCGAUAAGGUGCAGGUGAUCUGCUUUAUCAGAAAGUGCCAAGGUUAUAAUUUUAACAUGGAAAUAUGUGGAUUUUUACCAAUUGUUUACUGAGAACACAAGUAUGCACCUUAGAUUCGAUUGGGUGGUGUUAUUUUAAAUUGUUAAAAAUAAAUAAAUCUAAAACAUUUUGUUUUAAUAA